CCACAUUUUCCGCCUUUUCUGGGGCCGGCGGCGGCGACGCUGCUGUUGCUGGGCUGGGGUCGCCGGCCGCUGCGCUGCUCUCGCUCUCCGCUCCUAACGCUUCUGCUCUCAGCCCCCGAGGCGUGCGGGCGUGUGGCGGGGCAUGGCGGACUCGGGCUGCGAUGACGGCUCGGGCCAGGGGGAGGACACUUUCCUAUACUUCGCGUAUGGUAGCAACCUGCUGACCGAGAGGAUCCACCUCCGAAAUCCCUCGGCCACGUUCUGCUGCGUGGCCCGCCUGCAGGAUUUUAAACUUGACUUUGGCAAUUUCCAAGGCAAAACGAGUCAAAGGUGGCAUGGAGGUAUAGCCACCAUUUUUCAAAGUCCUGGCGAUGAAGUGUGGGGAGUAGUAUGGAAAAUGAACAAAAGCAAUUUAAGUUCUCUGGAUGAGCAAGAAGGGGUAGAAAGUGGAAUCUAUGUGGUGAUAGAAGUUAAGGUGUCCACUCAAGAAGGGAAAGAGUUAACCUGUCGAAGUUACCUGAUGACAAACUAUGAGAGCGCACCCCCAUCUCCACAGUAUAAAAAGGUUGUUUGCAUGGGUGCCAAACAAAAUGGUUUGCCGCUGGAGUAUCAAGAGAAGUUAAAUGCAAUAGAAGCAAAUGACUACAAAGGCAAAGUCUCAGAAGAAAUAGAAGACAUGCUGCAGAAAGGGGGGACAAAGGCUCAGUAGAACGUACAGUACAUCCAGGGACAGCUCUCCCUGUGCCACCAGCAAAGCCUCAGCAGAACGUAACAGUACAUCCAGGGACAGCUCUCCAUGUGCCACCAGAACACGUCUUCACAUUUGAGAGCAGAGAUUGGCCUUCUCCACGUUUACUCUGUUUGCAGCAACCCCUUGAAGGGCUAUCUCACCUGGGCAAUUCCUUCUUUGCAGAUUUUAAAGGAGAGUUAGACAGUCAGAGGCCCCGGAGGGCAUGACGCCCAGGCGGGACGCUGUCUCCUUCCGCGGACGUGCACAGCUCAUCUCUUGACUCGAUCUCAGGGUCUUCCCAUGUGUGGCCAAGGAUGGCUGACGAUGGUGCUGGUGACUCACUCUGCUCUGUUGUUCUGGUUUUAGUGGUUUUUUUUUUUUUUGAAUCAGCUUGAUAAGUAAGUUGCAGAGACAGUUGAUAGUAACAUUUUGAAAGUUGUAAAGAUGGUGUACUGUUCUCAAGAAUAAAUGCAUUGUGGUGUAGCCUGUU